CUGGAAUGGCUAAUCAAAUUUUUUUAAUAAAAUAGAUAAAUUAGUAAAAAUAAUAAACGAAUAUCAAGAAGAAGAAUAAAUAUACUAGAAGAUAAUAAUAAAUAUUUAAAAUCAAUAUUAGAAGAUCUAUUUAAACCCAUAAUUCAAUUAGAAGCACCAUUAGAAAUUGUUAAAAUAGAACCUAGUCGAUCAUCAAUAUUAUAUAAAGACCAAAGCAGGAUAAACGGAACACAAUAAGAAAGGAUUAAACAUAUUCCAGUAAUUAAAAAAAUAGAACGAAAAGAGACAAAUGGAGAAAAGAAAAUAUGAAUUUAGGAAGAGAGUUAGAAUUAGUAAUUUUAACCAAUAUGAAACAUUUAUAAUAUUAGAGAAUUAAAAUGAGAUUUAACAUGAAAAAUUAGACAAAAUCAGCAUGAUGUAAGAGAACUUAAUAUAAUAUCCUCAUAUUAUUUAUGUCGAGAUAGCAUUCAUAUGAUAUAUUUGCUUCAACGAAUUAUUCAAUUAUUAGGACACAUAAUAAUAAAUAUUAUAAAAAAUUGUAUUCAAAAAUUGGUUCGGUAUCAAGUUGAAGGAUAAAUUCUCAAAAUUUAGUGGUAUAACUCCAACAAUUCUUAAAGUUUAGUGAUACUCGAAGUAUUUUACCGCGUUUUUAUUCAUGAAAAAAUGUUUUGAUUUUUGAACUACCACCACUAAUGCAAAUAUUGUCUUUAAUCUGUUUGACAUCUUUGUCGGUAUAAAUAAUUAAAUAUCAGUGAAGGAAUGACAUUCAUUUACAACAAUAAGAGAACAGAAUGUCAUAAAUUAACUGUCUCAGUCCAAAGUCCAACCCCUGCUCUCCCCCAUUCGGCUUUCCCGUCUCUUUCCAUCCUUCUGCUGCAACAACUCCAAAAAUUAUACAAGCACGAGCUUGCUGAGCAAAACAACAAAAACAAGACAGCAUCACCACCACUGCCAUUGCCAUUUGCCAACCUUCUUCCUCCAUUCAUUUAGUUCUAGCCCAACAGGCCAAAGAAACAGAGCAUCUCCUCUUUCCACCAAGCUCAAGAAAACUUCCAAGCUCUACACCAACCAUUAUUCGCCAUGGCCGGAAACCUGCUCCUGCCCCUGCAUUUCUUCUUCUUCUUCUUCUCCUUCCUCACUUUCCGGUCAGUUCUUUCUCAGCCGGCCCAGCUCUUCUUCGAAAGGUUCGACUCAGCAACCAGCAACCUGACCUUGACCGGAGUUGCAGAGAUCGAAAAAAACGGCUUGCUUCGCUUGACAAACGACACUCUCCGCUUAAUCGGCCAUGCUUUUUACUCUCCACCAGUGCAGCUCAAGGAAAACCCACAUGGUAAAGCUUUCUCCUUUUCCACCGCCUUCGUUUUCGCCAUAGUUCCAGAAUACCCAAAACUCGGUGGCCAUGGCUUAGCCUUCACUCUCUCCAGCUCAAAGCAACUCCCCAAUGCUCUCCCCAGCCAGUAUCUCGGCCUCUUCAAUUCAACUGAUGUGGGUAAUUUCUCCAACCACAUUCUCGCCGUCGAAUUCGACACCGUCCAAGAUUUCGAAUUUGGGGAUAUAAAUGAUAACCAUGUGGGGAUCGAUAUUGACGGAUUGCAAUCGAACAAAUCAGUUCCAGCUGGGUAUUUUCUUGCUAACUCCACCAAGGUAGAUUUGAACCUCAAAAGUGGUAAGCCGAUUCAAGCUUGGGUGGAUUACGAUUCAGAACAGAAUAUCUUGGAAGUUAGGUUAGCUCCUUCUUCGAAUAAACCCAAAUCCCCUAUUUUAUCCUUUGAUGUGGAUCUCUCCCGCUUUCUUUUGGACUACAUGUUUGUGGGUUUCUCUUCCUCAACUGGGUUGCUAGCCAGCAGUCACUAUGUUCUUGGGUGGAGCUUUUGCGUUAAUGGAGAAGCUAAAAGUUUGUCCCUUUCCAAUCUCCCUUCACUCCCCGGUUCUGGGAGCAGCAACAAAGGGUUAAUCCUGGGGGUAUCAAUCUCUGUCACUUGUGUGAUUGUAUUAGCCAUUGCUGCAUCUUUUCACCUAAUUAGAAAGAUGAGAAAUGCGGAUGUAAUUGAAGAUUGGGAGCUUGAUGUUGGGCCUCACAGGUUCCCCUACAAAGAGCUGAAGAGGGCAACCAAAGGGUUCAGAGACAAGGAGUUGCUUGGAUUCGGUGGAUUUGGGAAAGUUUAUAAAGGCACUUUACGAACUUCGGCUACCCAAGUAGCAGUCAAGAGAAUAUCCCAUGAAUCCAAGCAAGGUCUAAGGGAAUUUGCCUCCGAGAUUUCCACCAUUGGUCGACUUCGCCAUAGGAAUUUGGUACAGUUGUUUGGAUGGUGUAGAAGGAGACAAGAUUUGCUUCUGGUAUACGAUUUCAUGGAGAAUGGCAGCUUGGACAAGUACUUGUUCGACGAGCCUCAAGCGAUACUCAGCUGGGAACAGAGAUUCAAAAUCGUCAAAGGCAUAGCAUCAGGGCUUCUGUAUCUGCACGAAGAAUGGGAGCAGACUGUGAUCCACAGAGAUAUUAAAGCAGGAAAUGUGUUGUUAGAUUCUGAGCUUAAUGGAAGGCUUGGCGAUUUCGGUCUGGCCAAGUUGUAUGAACAUGGGUCUAACCCUGGCACAACAAGGGUAGUGGGCACAUUGGGCUACUUAGCACCUGAGCUAACUAGAACCGGAAAGCCAACCACUAGCUCCGAUGUGUUUGCAUUUGGCGCGCUUCUACUCGAAGUGGCUUGUGGAAGAAGGCCGAUCGAGGCCAAGGCAUUACCGGAAGAGCUCAUUCUGGUGGACUGGGUGUGGGACAAAUGGAAGUGUGGUGCUGUGCUUGAUGUGGUUGAUCCAAAGCUCAAUGGAGACUUCGACGAGCUGGAAGCUGUCGUUGUGGUGAAGUUAGGGCUGAUGUGUUCGAACAAUGUGCCCGAGGCGAGGCCAUCGAUGAGGCAGGUGGUGAGGUACUUGGAAGGAGAGGUGGGAUUGCCUGAAGUGGUUGAUGAAUUUGAUGGGAAGAAAGGAAAUGGUGAGAAUGGCGACAGUGGUUGUGAAGGUGAGGUGAGGUUGAAGUUUGGGGCACAUUCUUAUCCAUCGUACUUCACGAAGGUGAGUACUUGGUCGUCGGCUGGAGAUUUCGGGGAUGCUGAUGUCGAAGGUUGUUCCGAUUCAUCGCUUUCGCUUGCUGCCAGUGGAAAUGAGUGUAGAUAGCAGUUUACUUUGCUUGAUGGAUUAUACGCUGUUCUAGUGUAGUUUGCUUCUGUAAAUGUAAAUGGUUUUGUUCUAUGACUGAUUGCACCUAUCAGGAUUGUAACUGAGUUGAACAAUAGUAGAUAGAUUUGCAGAUUGCUUUGCACUUUGUUUAUAUUCCAUUGCCAGAAGAAUGCAGAACAGAGUAUCAUUGUCAACCUGAGUCCAACGGUGUUGACAUGGACACUGUCUCUGGCUAAUGAUGUACAUGAUAACGUCAGGGAAGCCCGUCAUUAGGGCAAAGUGCAACAUUUUAUUAAUUUGCUUCUCGUAAAGGAACUAUCUAUAAAAUAUUCGUCCAGUU